AUGGGAGUGAAGGUUGAUGGUCGGCAGCUACACCAUUUGCGCUUUGCUGAUGACAUCGUACUGAUAACACCUAGCAUCAACCUAGCGGAACGAAUGCUGACCGAAUUCGACGAAACAUGUGGAUGCAUCGGUCUUCAGCUGAAUCUACAAAAGGCGUUGUUCAUGCGGAACGGAUGGGUCUCUGAUGCCCCAUUCACGCUCAACGGAACGAACAUAUCCGAAUGCACCAGCUACGUUUAUCUGGGUCGGGAACUGAACAUGACGAACGACCUGACCCCCGAGCUGGGCAGGAGGAGACGAGGGGCUUGGGGAGCGUACAAGACCAUCGAGGAUGUAGUGAAGAAGACCAGAACACCCGGCUCCGUGCACACCUUUUCAACACCAUCGUACUUCCUGUUUUGA